AUGAAUCUUUAUUUGAUCAAUCUUGUUGCAAUAGUCUCUGAGGCUAAUUUGAUGGGCAAUCCCAAGGAAUGGCCUUAUCGGCAUCUCCUAUUAGUCUCCAAAGUCCCUUUAUACUUUGGACAUGGAAAUAAAAGCAAAGAAAUUUGUCAGUUUGGUGCCUUAGACCCUAAAGAUGUUGCAGGAAAGUAUAUCUUUUGCGAUUUUGACAACGAAACAUCAAUGAAUCCGCAGAUUCUGCAGUGGAAAGAAUUGAACAGAUCAGGAGCUGCUGGAGCUAUCGUAAGUUCAAACUCUGUCGAGAUUUUUUCUUCCGGUACUCCAUUUGUGGUUGUGAGCCUUAAAGAUGGAGAAUUAAUGAAGGAUUAUAUAGUUGGAUUUGAAAACCCAACUGUGAGUAUCAAAUUCCAGAUAACAUUACUAGGUGUCAAGCCGGCUCCUCAAGUUACGAGCUUUUCGUCAAGAGGGCCGGGUUCAGAGGCUCCAUGGGUACUUAGACCUGAUAUACUGGCACCUGGAUACAAGAUUUUGGCUGGAUGGGUACCCAACAGGUUGAGUGCGUAUAUUCACGGCAGUUCAUUACUCUCAGACUAUGUAAUUGUGUCUGGCACUUCCAUGGCGUCUCCCCACAUAGUUGGCAUAGCUGCACUGUUGAAAGCAGCUCACCGGGAUUGGAGCUCAGCUGCUAUUCGAUCUUCUAUGAUGACUACUGCAGAUGUGUUUGAUGAUUUGAAUGGCACAAUCAUUGACAUAGCCACAGGAGCUGCAGGGACUCCUCUUGAUUUUGGGGCAGGACAUGUGAACCCUAACAAGGCCAUGGACCCUGGACUUGUGUAUGACAUGGAGGUCCAAGACUACAUCGAUUUCCUCUGUGGAAUGAACUAUACAGCGCAACAGAUUCAGAUUAUAACAAGGAGGUCAGAUUUCGACUGUGAAAAUGCUAGUUUGGAUCUUAACUAUCCUUCAUUUAUCGUCAUCUUGAACACCACUGAUAUUACAAGUUACACCUUUAAGAGGGUGCUGACUAAUAUGGUCGAUUCACAUUUGGUGUAUCUAGCAGAGGUGACGGCUCCAAUGGGUACGAAAAUUAUUGUGCAGCCGUCAACAAUCUCCUUCACGGGGAAAUACAGUAAGGCUGAGUUCAACUUGACAGUUGAAAUUGAUUUGGGAGUUAGGUCAUGGAAUGAGUACAAUGGGACUUAUGGGUACUUAGGCUGGUAUGAGGUUAAUGGGACUCAUGUGGUAAGAAGUCCAAUAGUCUCUGCAUUUGCACCAUAGGCAAGGUUUGCCAAUGGUGAAAAUAAGUGUGCUUCAAGUACUACAUUGUUUGUGUUGACGGCAGCCUAAAAGGGCACAUCCCAAGCAUACAAACAGAGAAUGGCUAGAAACUAAAGGCCAAGUGCAUUUUAUAUUUCACCUUUUGUUUUUUUGGGUGCAAAAAAGGAUAAGAGGGCCGAUCAAAGCAUAGCAACUCUGCUUCAAUGUAACCAUAACACUUGUUAUUUGAUAGGGAGCGGAACAAGAAGGGGCUAGAAGGACAUAUGUCUGGUCCACAUUGCCACGUAGGACAAAUGUCUCAUCCCAAUUCAAAGGAAAACCCCCCUUCCUUGUUAUGUAAAUUAUUGUUAUUAAUGUCUUUUGUCACACAAUAGUCUCAAUUGGUAUUUUAUUUAA